CCGGACGGAGGGCACACAUUCCCCGCGGCCACUUCCCCAUGUAUUAAAGCAAGAUGGCAGCUGUUGUUGAGAAUGUUGUCAAACUGUUGGGAGAGCAGUACUACAGAGACGCCAUGGAGCAAUGUCAUAACUACAAUGCCAGGCUCUGCGCUGAGAGGAGCGUCCGGAUGCCGUUCCUCGACUCUCAGACCGGUGUGGCCCAGAGCAACUGCUACAUCUGGAUGGAGAAGAGACACAGAGGACCAGGCGUGGCUCCAGGGCAGCUCUACACCUACCCGUCCAGGAGGUGGAGGAAGAAACGUCGAGCUCAUCCUCCUGAGGAUUCCCGGCUUAUCUUCCCAUCUGUCAAGUCAGAAGUGGAUAUAGGACUGAGGAAGGACGCUCUGUUGUCAGCGGACGGCAGCAGCCUGGAGGCGCUGCUGAAGGGGGAGUCCAUGGAAAAACGAGCGACCUCAGAGCUGCGUGGGUCUGAGGAGGAUUCAAACCAGUCGGACUACACCGGAGGCCUGAACCCUGCAGGGCGGAUUAGAAAGAGAGUCGUCAAGCCAGAUGACUUCCUGGAUGACCUGGAUGAUGAAGACUACGAGGAAGACACACCUAAAAGAAGAGGCAAAGGGAAGGGAAAGGGUCGAGGAGUGGGCGGGAGCAGGAAGAAGCUUGACACCGCGGCGCUGGAGGACCGGGACAAGCCGUUCGCCUGUGACAACACUAUCAAACAAAAGCAUAUUUCAAAACCUUCUGAAAGAGUCUGCGGGAAGCGCUACAAGAACCGCCCUGGCCUGAGCUACCACUAUGCCCACUCCCACCUGGCCGAGGAGGAGGGUGAGGAAAAGGAGGAGAUGGAGAUCAGUGAGCCCACUCUGCCGCCGCCCAACGAGCCUAAAACUCCCAAGAAAGGUCCGGACGGUAUCGCGCUGCCGAAUAAUUACUGUGAUUUCUGCCUGGGAGACUCCAAAACCAACCACAAGACCGGCCAAUCAGAGGAGCUGGUUUCCUGCUCCGACUGCGGACGCUCAGGCCACCCGUCCUGCCUGCAGUUCACCCCCGUCAUGAUGGCCGCUGUGAAGACGUACCGCUGGCAGUGCAUCGAGUGCAAGUGCUGCAACAUGUGCGGCACCUCCGAGAAUGACGAUCAGCUUCUGUUCUGUGAUGACUGUGACAGAGGUUAUCACAUGUACUGUCUCAAGCCCCCCAUGGCCGAACCUCCAGAGGGGAGCUGGAGCUGUCACCUCUGUCUGGACCUUUUGAAAGACAAGGCGUCCAUAUACCAGAAUGCCCCCCCGUCGUGAUGGCCGCCUCCCCGCUGCAGCAGUACGCUUCGCCUUUCGGGAUCGAUGAUAAACUCCUCUGCCCAGCUGAGCUCGGAGGGAGUGUGUUCCGAACAGACAUUACAUUGUGAAAGGGGGAGUAUCCCUCACCCUCAACUGCCCUCCCUUAGCUUCAGAUAUGACUGUUACACAGUUCCAAGCUCCGAUUAAUCCCCGUUGGUUUUUAUUUUCUUUGCCACAUCGUCAAUUUGAGCAGUACUGAAUUUCACACACAUAAAUCAGACUUUUUUUUACACACACACCCACACACAGUCGCUAAAACGUUCUCUAUCCUGCAAUGUACUGAUUUUAUGACAACAGCAAAUAUAGAGCUUGUUGGCAUCAAGCAGCAUGCCAGUGCGUUGUCAUCGUAACAAAGAAAAUAUUUUAUAAUAUUUAUAUAUUUCUAUGGUAUAUAGUAGUGUUAAGUAUGUACUAAUUGGAAAACAGAAUGGUCUUUUGUAUUAGUUCAUCAUAAAGGAAAUAUCCAGGUUUUUAAUGGUGACACUUGUUGGGUCUUUUGAUGGAGUCAAAGGGAUCUGCUGUCAAUGACUGUGCGUCUCCUGCCACACACAAACAAAUCAGGAACUAUAAAUCCAAACCCUGACACGCUCGUCAGGAUGCAUGAGGACAUACUCAUCUAGCAUGUUUUAUUCAGGCUUUUUUGACUAAACUAGGCUCUUCACUGUCGUCCUCUGAUAUCUGACUUAUUAACUCCGGUCAAAUCAGAAACCCUUCUUGCGUUAUCAGCCAGAUAAAGGGAUUUUGAAAAAGCCUUUGUCGCUGUGUUUUAGCAGUUUGCUCGCCACGCACCAUAUCCAAUAUCUGUCGAGGUUGUGAAGACUGUGCGGUCUUGUGGAUGGUCACUAGCUGGACGUGUUAAAGCAAUAUAACAGCUCCUGUAGGACGCUGGGAUGCACGACAGAGUCCGGCAGAUAAUCCGUCACACUUCUUUCUCAGAAAAUGCUAUUACAGAAAGUAGAAGGCUCUAUAUUGUAAAAAAAGAGAUUAUAAUUUCUAUAGAUGUUUGGAGAAUUGGCUUUUUUUGUAACUGCUUUCAUAGUUUCAUUAUGCAAUGGUCUGCUAACGUUACCUCAAACAGAAACAGUAUUUAAAGGGUGGGAACAUACUGUCGAGAGAUGGGUGAGAGGCAGAGGGCAGCAAUAGCUUCAGUAACUGCGUAUUCUCCAGGUAAAUAAGGGCAUGCUCAGUAAUCGUCUGCACUCUUCAUAGCGUUAGGUCUGCAAAGGUGUUGGUGAGCAGUGUAAUAUAAAUUAACCACGCUAUCACGUUGUUUCCAUAGCAAACUAACAAUGAUUGAAACAUUACAUGCAUUUAACUCUGUUUAUUUUCUCAUCACUAAACUUAGUUAUUUAGAGACGGUGGCUAAUAGAAUAUUUCGCUGGUUGUUUUUGUAUUAAUGGAUCAUAUUUGAGUACCUGAUGUGACAUUUUGGGACUAAAGUGGAAGUUGCUCUCGAGUUAUUCCUGUGAUCCUCAGCUCUCUUCCAAAACUGGGAACAAGAAGCAAAAUGUGAUUUAAGAGACAAAGUGUGGAGCUGGCCCUUCAGCUGAAAUGUUUAAAUGACUAUCAUGCUAUCCAUUGGACUCCUAGUGCUCAAACACAUUGUACAUGAUAGGCUAAGGGGCGGGACAUCUCUAAGCGGUUGACCAAUCACAACAGAGCACACCAGCUAACCAAUCAGAGCAGACUGGACUCUGGUUUCGUAUGAGAAAAAUAUUUUUUGAUCAUUAAAGGAUGGAAACAUGACACAGUAGAGAAGCAAAAAUACAAGUAUGAACCUGGGCCCCUUUAAGAAAUGAUGGACCCAGUAUCUACCUUCUAGGCUGCACGCGGAGGAAAGCCCUAAACAAGUCCUUUUGUUGUUUAACAAAUAUAUCAUAUUUUUAAGGAUUAUGGUUUACUAGUUUCAAGUUUUGGAAGAGUUGUUCCUCUUAUAGUGUUUUUACAAGGAUCACAGGUUUACAUAGCAGGUGACUUCUCUAUUUGACGGACUUUCAUUUGGAUGGUGGUAGAAUGUUUUACUGUACGAAAUAUGUCUUCAGGAAAUAAAAAACUAGGCACUAUAA